GGAGGGAGGGCGGAAGCGGAAGGAGGAAGCCGAUCAGCGGGCGGGCGGGCGAGCGAGAGAGAGUAGGAUGGCGAGGGAAGGGCCUCGGGGGCCCCGGGGAGGCGCUCUAGGCCUCCUCCUCCUGCUCCUCGCCUCUCUCGGCCAGGCGCCGUUUCCGGUGGGGGCGGAAGAGGAAGCGGGCGCCGGCCUCCCCCUCCCCACCCAGGACCGAGUGUCUUCCUCCCCGGCGGCUCCGACUUCCCUUCCAUCGAACGUCGCUGCUUCCUCCCCCCCUUUUGCCACAAAACUCACGGAAGAGGGAAGCCCCCCUCCCCCCAAAACAGACUCGGAAGAAGCGGAGGCCUUGGGGGGCGCUGCCCUCGAGGGGGGCCGGGACCUGCCUCCCGCCUCUCCGUCGCCGAGGGAAGCCGUGGCGCCCGACGACGACUAUGACGCCUUUGAGGAGCCAGAGGGGCCCCAAGGAGGGGACGGCGAGGACGAGGACGAGGACGAUGAUGAUGAAGGGGAGGAGGAGGAGGACUUAAUGGGCAAGGCGCAGGGCGAGCGAGUGGGCAAGGGGCCGCUCUCGGCCGCUGCUGCCGAUUCUUCCGCAGAGAGGACGGUCCCUUCGUGGUCGCCACAUUUGGAGCCACCAACGCAGCAAGGCGGGGGGCACUUCUUCCUCCACUUGGUGGCCGUGGCCUUCCUGGUGGCCGUGGCAUAUGUCGCGUACCACAACAAGCGCAAGGUGGUGGUUCUGGUGCAGGGCUGGCGCUGGCGGGAGGGCUUCCGCGGGUCGAAGGCGCAGGGCUACCGCCGCUUGGACCAGAACGUGGAGGAGGCCAUGCCCUCCCUCAAGGCCGCCCACGAAUACGUCUUCUGAGCCAUUCCUCCGCCACCACCACGCCUGGGGAGCUUCUGCAGGCCUCCGUGGCCCCAGCGCUGGGAGGGAGGAAGGGGGGGGAGGGAGCCCCUUCCUUCUUCCUUCCUUCCUUCCUUCCUUUGGGUGCCUUCCUGUUUGGAGACACACACCCCCCCUUGCCUUCCCCCCUCCCUCCCUCCGUCCCUUCCUUCCCUUUCCCUUCCUCUCCUCCCUCACCCCUUUCUCUUUCCUUUCUUCCCAUCCUUCUGUUUCGCUUCUUCCCUUCCUUCCUGCUUCAUUCCUUCCCA